AUGUUUCAAGCGGAAUUUGCCAAGGUAUUGCUCCCACCGAAGACCCUUUGGACCAAAGAAGAAGAUAAGCUCUUGACAUCCGUUGUCCAACAGUUUGGACCAAGAAAAUGGAACUCCAUCGCUGAACACAUCCCUGGCCGUACAGGUAAACAAUGCCGCGAGCGCUGGGUAAGUCAUAUUUCUCCAGAAUUGAUCAAUAUAGAAUGGAAUACUUCUGAUGAUGAACAAUUAAUCAACUUACACAAUUCUCUUGGAAACAAAUGGGCAAAGAUCGCCCAAUUCUUCCCAGGAAGACCACCGAAUGCUAUCAAAAACAGAUUCAACUGUAUUCUUAGAAAGAAAGCUAGAGAUUCUCGAUUAAGCCCCUGUCCUUCAGUCUCGAACGAAAAAAUCAUUUCCAAGGACAAUACCAAUAAUGAAGAUGUCUCUAUUGACUCCUUCUUUGAGAUAGAGUCAGUAAAUGACUUUGGUCAGAUUGACUGCGAAUCUUUAUUCGAUUCUUCAGUAUUUUCCGUUGAUUUUUAG